AUGGCGUUCUCGGUCUCGGCGAAACCCUCAGCGGGUCGCAUCGCCGCGCGCGUCACGCGCGCGCGCGUCGGUCGACGCUCGGUCGCCGUGUGCGCGUCGAAGAGGUAUAACAUUACCAUUCUCCCGGGCGAUGGUAUCGGUCCGGAGAUCAUGAAGGUGGCGCAGUCGGCACUCACGGAGGCUGGGAAGAAGCGAGACGUGGAGUUCGCGUACACGGAGGCGCUCGUGGGUGGGUCGGCGAUCGACGCGUACGGCACGCCGCUGCCGGAUGAGACGCUGGAGGUGUGCAAGGCGUCGGAUGCCGUGCUCUUGGCCGCGAUCGGGGGAUACAAGUGGGACAACUUGCCGAGCGCGCAGCGACCGGAGCAGGGGUUGCUCGGCUUGCGCGCCGGUCUGGGCGUCUUCGCGAACUUGCGCCCGGCGAACGUACUCCCGCAGCUCGCCGACGCCUCGACGCUGAAGAAGGAGGUUGUGACUGGAACGGAUAUCAUGGUCGUUCGCGAGCUCACCGGUGGUAUUUAUUUUGGUAAGCCGAAGGGUUUUGGCGUGAACGAAGCAGGCGAGCGCACGGGCUUCAACACGAUGAUUUAUUCCGAGCCCGAAGUCGAUCGCAUCGCCAAGGUCGCAUUUGAGAUCGCUCGCAAGCGCCAAGGUCGUCUCUGCUCCGUUGAAAAGGCGAACGUGCUCGAGGUGAGCCAACUUUGGAAGGAACGUGUCAUCGAAGUGCACAAGGACUAUAGCGACGUCGAGCUCUCACACAUGUACGUCGACAACGCCGCGAUGCAACUCAUCCGUCGCCCGACGCAAUUCGACACCAUUGUCACCGGUAACAUCUUCGGUGAUAUUCUCUCCGAUGCCGCAUCCAUGUUGACCGGUUCCAUUGGUAUGUUGCCGUCUGCCGCCAUUGGCUUGGACGGCCCCGGCUUGUACGAGCCGGUGCACGGGAGCGCCCCGGACAUCGCUGGCCAAGACAAGGCGAACCCGUUAGCGCAGGUGCUGAGUGCGGCGAUGAUGAUGCGCUACCAGUUUGGUGAAGAGGAAAUUGCCGCCGCGCUUGAAAAGGCAGUGAACGACGUCCUCGAUGACGGCUACCGCACUGGCGACAUCAUGCAGGAAGGCAUGAAGCUCGUGGGCUGCCAGAAGAUGGGUGAGCUCCUCCUCGCUAAGCUUUAG